AUGGAGGUCAUCCUCGAUUUCUCCCAGGAUUUGGAUGUAAAUACCCUCGAUCAGGUCGUACAAGCAUUCUAUACUGGUUCAGGUGAACAACAACAAACUGCUCAGCGUGUACUCACCCAAUUCCAAGAACAUCCAGAUGCAUGGCAACGUGUACCAGCUGUAUUGGAAACCUCACAAAACAUCAAUACUAAGUACAUCGUCUUGCAAAUCCUCGAGAAACUAAUUCAAACAAGAUGGAGAGCUUUACCGCCUGAUCAACAAACUGGGAUCCGUAACUUCAUCGUGCAAGCAACUGUGGAAACUUCUUCUGACGAGACUAAGAUGAGAAGAGAGAAAGGUUACUUGAAUAAGCUCAAUCUGGUUCUUGUACAGAUCCUCAAACAAGCAUGGCCAAAAGAUUGGCCACAAUUCAUACCUGAAAUUUGCGCAUCUUCACGAACAAACCUCUCAUUAUGUGAAAACAACAUGAUCAUCCUACGACUCUUGUCCGAAGAAGUUUUCGAUUUCUCUGCCGAACAAAUGACUCAAGCGAAAACAAAGGCCUUGAAACAAACCAUGUGUUCUGAAUUUGGGGAAAUUUUCAAUUUAUGUAAUGAAGUUUUGGAAAAAGCAAAUAAACCAAGUCUUAUCAAAGCUACUCUAGAAACACUUUUAAGAUUCUUGAAUUGGAUUCCAUUAGGUUAUAUAUUCGAAACUCAGAUCAUAGAUUAUCUAGUUUCACGGUUCCUUGAAGUACAAGAUUUCCGAAAUGUCACUCUUAAAUGUUUAUCAGAAAUCGGUGCUCUCAAUGUCGGACCUGAGUACAACAGCAAAUUCGUUACCCUAUUCCAAGUGGUAAUGACAAGUGUUAACAGAAUGGUACCACCAAACACAGAUAUGGCUGCUGCUUACGCCUCUUCCGAAGACGAGGACCAACAACUCAUUAAGAACCUUGCUCUAUUCCUCACCAACUUCCUCCACACCCACCUUCGUCUCAUCGAAACUCCUGAAAACACCGAACUCCUCAUCAACGCUCAUUUGUACCUCAUCAAGAUAUCCACCGUAGACGAUCGUGAAGUGUUCAAGAUCUGUCUAGAGUAUUGGGCUAAACUUGUCGCUGAGCUGUACGAGGAAAUACAAUCGUUACCAAUGAGCGAUAUCAAUCCCUUAAUAAAUCUCAAUAUCGGUGGAUUGGGCGCUGGAUUGAGUGGACCUCAUUCCUUGGCAUUGAACGGAAUGCCAUUGAGAAAGAACGUUUACUCUGACAUCUUGUCGAAUCUGAGACUGGUGAUGAUCGAGAAGAUGGUCAAACCCGAAGAGGUUUUGAUCGUCGAAAACGAUGAGGGAGAAAUCGUACGAGAGUUUAUGAAAGAAAGUGAUACCAUCGUGCUUUAUAAGAGUAUGCGAGAGGUCUUGGUCUAUCUAACGCAUUUGGACGUCACCGAUACCGAGACCAUCAUGACGGAUAAAUUGGCUAAACAGAUCGACGGAAGUGAGUGGUCAUGGAACAACCUCAAUACACUAUGUUGGGCUAUUGGUUCUAUCUCUGGUGCGAUGAACGAGGAGACCGAGAAGCGAUUCCUUGUAACUGUCAUCAAGGAUUUACUUGGUUUGACUGAAAUGAAGCGAGGAAAAGACAACAAAGCUGUUUGCGCUUCCGAUAUUAUGUAUAUCGUAGGACAAUAUCCUCGAUUUUUGAAAGCUCAUUGGAAGUUCCUCAAAACCGUCGUAAACAAGCUAUUCGAGUUCAUGCACGAGACUCACGAAGGUGUACAAGAUAUGGCUUGUGAUACCUUCAUUAAAAUUGCUCAGAAGUGUAGAAGACAUUUCGUCAUGCAGCAAGCUGGUGAACAAGAACCCUUCAUCGACGAGAUAUUAAGAACUCUACACAGAAUCACUGUGGAUUUAUCCCCUCAACAGGUGCACACCUUCUAUGAGGCUGUCGGAUAUAUGAUCGCUUCCCAACCGAACAAACCCACCCAAGAGCGAUUGAUUGAGAAGUUGAUGGAGCUACCUAACAAUGCUUGGGACAACCUCAUGCAGCAAGCAGCCAGUAACGUUGAUGUUCUCGGUAACCCUGAAAACGUCAAGAUUCUCUCAAACAUCCUUAAAACCAAUGUAUCCGCUUGUACUUCCAUAGGGUCAUUCUUCCUCCCUCAGCUUGGUCGAAUUUGGCUCUACAUGUUAGGUCUCUACAGGACUGUCAGUGGGAUUAUCAGUGAUCAAGUCCAACAACAAGGUGUCAUUGCUACCAAGACGCCGAAAGUGCGAUCUCUCCGAACCAUUAAGAAGGAGAUUCUGCGACUUGUCGAAACCUACGUGAAGAAAGCUGAGGAUCUUGAGGGCAUCAAUACAAAUCUGAUUCCUGGUCUCUUCGACGCCAUUUUAGGUGACUACAACAAUAACGUACCAACUGCUAGAGACGCAGAGGUAUUGAAUGUGACAGCUACAAUUGUGUCGAAACUUGGGAACAUCCUCACACCUCAGAUAGCACCUAUCCUAGAUGCUGUCUUUGAGCCCACUUUAGGUAUGAUCAAUCAAGAUUUCUCAGAAUACCCUGAGCAUAGAGUAGGAUUUUUCAAGCUGCUCAGAGCAAUCAACUUGACUUGUUUCCCUGCUUUACUCGAAAUCCCUCCUCAACAAUUCAAACUUGUUAUGGAUUCAGUGGUCUGGGCAUUCAAGCAUACUAUGAGGGAUAUCGCCGAUACUGGUUUAAACAUCGCAUACGAGAUCGCAAACAACUUCGCUGCAUCGUCUCAAGACAUCGCAAAUCAAUUCUACCAACAAUACUUGCUGAACAUGAUCGGUGAUGUGUUUUACGUUCUCACCGAUGCAGAUCACAAGAGUGGUCUCAAAAUGCAAGGUAUCCUGCUCGCACGACUGAUAUCACUUGUUGAGACUGGUUCUGUGCAAGCACCAUUGUUUGAUCCCGCUCAAGUUCCUGAUCCAAAUGUGAACAAUGCUACUUAUCUCAAAGGAUAUAUCAGCGACUUGUUAGCUACAGCUUUCGGUCAUGUCCAACCCACGCAAAUAGCUACAUUCGUCAAUUUGAUGUUCGAGCAUUCGUCUGAUCCAAUCAAAUUUAAAUUGACGAUAAGAGACUUCCUUAUCUCGCUCAAAGAAUUCUCUGGUGACAAUGCCGAAUUAUACAUCGAUGAAAAAGAGGAUGAAGCUGAAAAGAAAGCUGCGGAAGAGAGACAAGCAGCUUCAAGAGUACCAGGAAUGUUGAAACCUGCUCAAAUAGAUGAUGAUACUGAUUUAUAG